CCCGAAGGAACAGUAGAGAGGUCCCAUACCCCUUCCCUCCCCUCUCCAAUUAACCACCAGAUAUCUGCAUUGGGUUCUCAUUACACACAUGCCAGAAGGCGCAACGAUUAUCCCAUGACCUCAUAACAAGAAUAUAUCAUUUCAUUUCUCUCCGAGACGCCGAAUGGCCUUCACCGACCUCUAACACUGGCAUGCGGUAUAGAUGAUGUGUGCUCUACCAAAGUCACCCAAGUCCACUUCAUCUGCUGCAACUGGCCAACAUCGGAAUACCUAUCUCUCGACGGGAAAACAUUCAAGUUUACGGAUUACUAGUGGUUUUGGAAAUAGCUGUGCAAUCAGGAUUUUAUUCCUGCGAUGUGGAUUCGACCAGAACUGUGACGAAGUUCAUAUCUUAGGUUGACGAAGUACAGCGUACACCCGUCCUCAUUGUGAAGGUGAUAAUAUAUUAGAUGACGAGGGAGUAGAUUAUACAACCAUUUGCAUAUGUAACUGUGUUUCAUCUGAUCUGACGUCCGCAGACCCCUCACUUGAAGCGAGGUGUUUUUUAACAUCAGCAUAACUAGCUCUAUUCUGGUCUUAAAUUGGAACACCCUGUCUAUUAAAGAAAACGUCAAUAAAUAAAUGAAUGAAUGAAAAUUGAUUAAUCUGGCGUUUCCGUCUCAGAGGUGUUUUUCUCUUCAUCACAAGUUGGCAACACAUGCAAGAUCUGGAUACAAGGUUUAGUGGACAAGAUGUAAGUAGCGAUUCUAGUAGUGGAUGAUCGAUGUGGUAUUUGAUCAGAGGGAUAUUUCAAAUUGUGUGUUGACUGAGAAGUUUCUAGUGGCAUCAUGUCAGGGGGUGGAAACCAAGCCGGCUUCCAGGGAUUCGGGAAGGGCAAUGGCAGACAACAGAAGAUGCAAAUGCGCGGUGGGAGCAGCGCGUCUUCCUCCUCUUCGAUGUCAUCAAACACGACGAGAUUACCAUCGGGCAUGAUGGCGAGUUCGUACUCCAGUUCGUCGUCUUCGUCGUCGGGCCCUUCCCAAAUCGGCCAGGGACUUCUUGGGGAAAAUGCCGGGUCAGUCGCCUCUGCAUUGGCAGCCACAAUGGAAGCAGCAUCCAAGGCAGCUGCAGCAGGCCAGGGGCAACAGAUGACGGUGACGACGGAGACUUCGACGUCACAGGUGCCGAGUCUCUCCGACGGCACUUCGCAAAUGAUGACCACCGUUACGACUAGGAAGAUGGCCAUGUCGUCGGGCGGUACGAUGGGAACCAUUGCGGAGAUGCCACCGUUUCCAGGGAACAUGCAAGGUUCGACUCACCUCGCGUCUCCGGUAUCCUCAGCAAACAUCCAAGAACUGAACCGAAUACACAAAGCGGGAAAUGCCGAUGUCUCCCGAUUCACGACCGAGGACUUCGGAAUGUGUCAUCGGCAUCUUUCGGAUAGCGUCACCUUGAGCCGAUUCCGAUCGAAGAACAACAAUCAAAAGGAGGAGAAUGGCGAUAAGAGAGAUAAUAUGAUAAAGCUUGCUGAACGAAUAAUGAAUACUGUCUUGCAAGCCGAGUCCUUUGCCGAGGUGAACGUUCUCAUGAAUCUACGUGAGCUAAGUGCCAUUGGACGAGUCGAUCGGAUAAGUUGCCAAUUUGCGGAGAUCGCAACCGAGAAAGAAUUUGCAGAUUUCUUCGCUACAGUCUGGCUCAAGCUUAAUCAAAUAGACAUCAAAGACCAGUUGACGUAUCCUGGUCAAUAUAUUGCUGUUAAUUUGUUGUUGGAUGCAACUCAACGAUUCACAGAGGUGAACCAGGCACUUUGCAAAGACAUGGGCAGACGAUGUCUUCCCGCGUUGCUAUCGAUACUCAACGAUCCUUUCUAUUCGUGUGACGCCCUCAACGGUGACGAUGAGCAAACGAGAUGGAUGUCCAGAAAAGAGUUCUUGAAAAAGAUAUUUAGCAUCAUUUGUAAUUGUCUGAGGAAGUAUCCCGAUAAUAGGGAGGUACUACGAAUGCACAAUGCUGCAAGUUACAUUCAAACUUUCCUUGAAAGCAGCUCAUUCGUUCUCCGGGCGAAGGCCUUGAAUAUCCUAGCCUACAUUGUGACUGAAGAUGAGAAUGAUAAAUUGAACACAAGCCCAAAGAACGCUGAAUUUAUGGUAAAUGUUCUCCAAAGUACGCUAGCAGACGACAAGGAAAAAUCCGAUCAUUAUUCACCCAAUACCGAUCACUUUGCUAUCGAAGUCGUCGAAGCGAUACAGCAUUUAGCAGCGAAUGACGGGAACAAGAGGAAAUUUGUGCAAGCAGGAAUCCUUCCUCACCUCGGUUCAUUGAUCGAUGGAUGGGAUGAUGAGCGAAAAGAAGCCCUCCAAACCUUGUGGAUACUAUCAUUCAAUCAGGACAAUAAAGACGAUAUUAAGAAGGAGAAAAGAUGUAUGGAAGCUGUUCAACGGUUAGUACAAGAUGAAGCAAGCAGUCGACAGUGUCAGUCUAUUCUAUGGAAUGUUGGCGCCCUUUCUUCCGACCAGCUUGCAAAGCAGGGCGCCAUAAACGGCAAGGGCCAGAUAGCUGGUAAAGGAUCAACUUCAUCAAAUGGAGGGAAACAAUCGUUAACAAACUACGUGAUGUUAAGUUAUCAAUGGGAUGUACAGAAAGAAAUACUGGCCGUCAAUGAGCUGCUGAAGGCAAAUGGCUUUGAAGUGUGGAUUGACGUGGAACAGAUGGGUGGCUCAACGUUGGAAGCUAUGGCACAUGCUGUUGAAAAUGCAGCAGUAGUCGUGUUAUGUUUCUCUGAGAAAUACAAGGACAGCCCAGCUUGCCGUACGGAGGCGGAGUACACCUACAAACUUCGCAAACCAGUCGUGCCUCUUAAGAUGCAGAACGGCUACGAUCCCAAUGGCUGGCUUGGGGCCAUGCUGGGCACAAAGUUCUACAUAGAAAUGUACAAACUGGACUUAGUGGACAAGAAUGGGCACUUGUUGAUACGUGAGUUGGCCAACAGGGGUUGCAAGUCGUCAGGCGAUGGUGAUGGUAGUGGUGUUAGCAAGGCUGUGGCUGGAAAGACGCAAUCGGACGAGGAUAAAUCAGGUGAUACUGACGAAAGCAACGGACUACCUACAGCAGUCGUACCCGUUGAGAAAUCACCCGAAGCGGCCCAUCACAGGGCGAACGGCGGCUUCGCGGGGGUGCCGACAACCAGCUGGAAAGGGCUCGCACCGGUGUGCAGCAGCAACGUCAUCAAAUGGACCAAUCAGCAGGCUUUGUACUGGAUCGAGGAGAACGGGUUUCCCAGGCUGACGCCUUGGUUCAAGGGCUGGGAUGGUGAAGAUCUCCUGGGACUCAAGGAGAUGGCCAUAUCGGCACCCCUGGUCUUUUACAGGAAGAUGGAAUCUGAGUUUGGACUUAAAAAGACACUUGAACUUGUACGCUUCAAGAGAUUAUUAGAUAAGAUUAUCUAAUGGAUGGAUACGGUAAUAUUUUGGUUAUUCCAAACAACGGUUAUCCUACCUCUAUAGAUCCUGAUGGUUUUGGUUAAUCAAUACCCGAUUGUGGGGCGUAUUCUUAUCUAGUUGGAGAGAAGCGGCCUGUUCAUACAUGUAGAUCCAGAUGGUUUCGGUUAAGUAAGCCCAGAUUAGUCUUACAUAAUUCUUCAUCCCAUUUGGUUUCGAUAUGCAUGAAUAAAAACACUUCAAAGACACUUUCCUUCAGUUGUAUAAAAGUUUGCAUUACUAAUGAACUGAUUCAUAAUUGUUUAUCUUAGUUUGAAAACGUGACUGGAAACUGAUAAGUUACAUCACGUUGAAAUAAGAUGAUCAGUUUGCCCAGAGUGUUCAACAAUAUUUUAGCUUCAUAUUAUAAAGUGAGUCAAAGAAUAUUCUUGAAUCUGAAUGGUUGUUUUUGUUACCUUCUUGUUUAUUGGGGAGGGGUUGGUUUGUUAAAACAAAUGACUCAUCUAUUUCAGCACACUGGGACCUGACCGUUUCUGCUUUGAAGUGCAAGCGCUGAAAAAGUAUCCAGAAUCUAGUUUAAAGGGUAGUAAGUGAAUAAAAAUAUGAAGUAAAUCUUCAAAGCAUUGAUACAAAGUGUCCUCUCUUCUUUCUUUGAAUUGCAUUUCAUUACUCAAAUCAAGAAAAAUAAAGCAGCACCAGUUGCAUAUCUGGGAUAGCCUGGGGCCCGUAACACAAAACUUAGCAAUGAUCGUAGAACAUUUUUCUACGAUUGAUUCCAUUGGCUACAAUGUACGAUCAAUCGUAAAAAUCAAGCGUACGUUCAAUCGUUAACCUUUGUGUUACGAGACCCUGGUGUCAGAGGACUGAAAGGUGUCAUUUUCGGCAAUAACACUCAGUGUUAAGUCUUUGAAUUAUCAGUGUAGAAACGGGGGUGUUAAAACUAACAAUUACCAUCCCUAGAGGACCACACCAUUGGUGUGAAAAUAACACCCUUGAGUUUGAACAUAACACCAGAGAGAAUUACAUGUACCAUCUAACAACCAAAGUAAAGGCUCGGUCCAACUGCAUUUACGGAUGGAAAGAGGAUGCACAACGUAAACAAAAAAAACAUCAGUUGAAGAACGCUAUGCAUCAAUUGUGUGCUCAUUGCAUACAUGUUUCAUAAGUCCGUUUUUUCUGUCUGUUUUCACAUAUUUUUGACAAUUUGUCAAUUUCUGGAGCGGAUGGAGCCACCUCUGGAAUUUUGCUAGUCCAUGUAUUCUUUAUGCAUACGUUUUGUGUCCAUCGGUAAGUGGGACAGAGCCAUUAGUAAGUACAUGUACAUAGCAAAUCAGAGUUGCCCUAUUGCAAUUGCUUUUCAAAAAUGCUCUUACUAAUUUGCAAAUUUGAGAUUUACAUAGCCUUAGAGAUUCAAACAGCAUAACUUUCUGAAACAUUUGAGCUUUCCUCACAGUCCACGUAAAAGAAAAAAAAAGUACAAAAUUAAUACACAACAUAUUUCACACAACACCAAUAACAGUUAUUUUUCUUCUUAAUUUUAAUAUUUGGGCUUCAAAUACAAUCACAUACUAUACAUGUCAAAAUUAAGGCUUGACCGCAACAAGCUUACUGUUUUCGCUGGUGAUUUAGGUCAUAAAAUGUCUCUUAUCUACGAACAACACAGGUAAUUGAGCCUUCAUAGAAUUUGUAAUAUAAUAUAGCUCUUAUUAUGAAUCUAUAGAAUGUCUCUGUAUACAAUGUAAAUUGGUUGCUUAUAAACAAUUUCAUACUUUCAUUUUGAGCACCAUUAUAUCACUCAGAACAAAGAAUAGUCAGGGGUCUGUUACAGAAAGAGCUGCGAUCAAAUGCAACUUCACAAAUCAUACGAAAGCUGAAUUUGAACCAAUCAGAAGUGUGUAUUUCAUACUUGUGCUUGAUUUUCUUUAGUUGUGUUUAAAUGCAGCUAUUUGUGCAACAGACCCCCAUGAGAGAUAUUUAGAGAGUGAGAUGUUUACAUUGCCCAAUCAUCACACAAGUUCACCUAGGAGAAAUUGAUUUAAUUUGGUAAAUUUUGAAUA